AUGGCUACUUCACUAGAUCAACUCAAGGCCACUGGCACCACUGUUGUCAGUGACUCUGCCAUCGGCCAAUACAAGCCCCAAGAUGCCACCACCAACCCAUCCCUCAUCCUCGCCGCAUCCAAGAAACCCGAAUACGCCAAGCUCAUCGACGUAGCUGUUGCCUAUGCGAAGGGCAUCGGAAGCAAGACUGUCGAUGAGCAGGUUGAGGAUGCGCUCGACCGCCUGUUGGUCGAGUUCGGCAAGGAGAUUUUGAACGUCGUCCCCGGAAAGGUGUCCACUGAGGUUGAUGCCCGCUAUUCAUUCGAUACCAAGGGCUCAGUUGACAAGGCUCUCCACAUCAUCGAGCUGUACAAAUCCGUCGGCAUCGACAAGUCCCGUGUCCUGAUCAAGAUCGCCUCAACAUGGGAGGGUAUCCAAGCCGCCCGCAUCCUCCAACGCGACCACAAGAUCAACGUCAACCUCACUCUCAUGUUCUCUCAAGUCCAGGCCAUCGCUGGUGCCGAGGCCGGAACCUUCCUCAUCUCCCCCUUCGUCGGCCGUAUCCUCGAUUGGUAUAAGGCCAAGACAGGAAAGACCUACUCCAAGGAGGAGGACCCGGGUGUGGAGUCCGUCAAGGCUAUCUUCGACUACUACAAGAAAUUCGGAUACAAGACCAUCGUCAUGGGAGCUUCUUUCAGAAACAUCGGCGAGAUCACCGAGUUGGCUGGUUGCGAUUAUUUGACCAUCUCCCCCAACCUCCUGGAAGAGCUAAUGUCCUCCACCGUCCCCGUCCCCAAGAAGCUCAUCGCCGAGAACGCCCACGCCCUAAACAUCGAGAAGAAGACCUACAUCGAUGACGAAUCCACUUUCCGCUUCGACUUCAACGAGGACCAGAUGGCCGUGGAGAAGCUAAGAGAGGGUAUCAGCAAGUUCGCUGCCGAUGCUGUUACGCUGAAGGAUAUUAUCAAGGAGAAGAUCCAAGCAGCUUAG